CAAUAGCUGACGUUUGAGAAACGCGUAUCUGUCUACUUAACAAUGAAUAAAUUUACAUAACAUUUUUGACUAAUCUGCAGUCAUGAAACAAUGAAUUUUUACAUAAGCCAGCUCUCACUGCGAAGAAUUUUCUAUGGAACUUGCAUAAAUUCCCAAAACUUGAUUUCAAUUCCCAUAAUCCCAAAGUCCUGAUAACACAGCGAUAUUGUCGCACAUAUACAGAUCUUGUAAGCUUGAUUCCCUCAAGCUAAUAGUGCAUCACUGAAGCCCCCACAUUCCAAAUUCAGCUUAUUAGAUUAAUGAAUUUUACGGAUGUUCUUCAAAUCUACCGAUUCGUACCGGGAAUUCUUUAAAUCUACCGGGAAUUGGCGCGUAGCUUUGCCUUUCUUAGUUGGUUGUAUUUGAAAUAGCGAGUGAACUGUGAAAAACUAAAAGCAUCGUUUCCAUCAGUUUAAAUCCAAUUUCCUCUUGCUGGGAAUAGCUUUGUACUGGAUUUAUUAAAUGUAGUUAUUUAAGUAAAACAAUUGUUUUAUGACUGAUUUAUUUAGUGUUUUUUUUAAACUUAUCUAUUUGACGACAUAGUUUCGCUAUAGUUUCGCUAUUCGUUUGAACUUAAUUCUUAUUUCAGUGUAAGGUUAGAACUUUCUUUUUCAGAUAUCGCAACAUGUCGCAAUGGGCUCGGGUUUCCGAAUAGUUUGCAAGAGUAAUGUCGGUUAUGAUUACUAAAUUUUGUCAUACUUAUUUAUAACUGCUAGAUUAUAGCUGUCACAUUUCACGAUAUCAUAGAUCUAACUUAGAAUUAUCUGCGCUAAUUUUGUAACUGAUUUUCGUAUCAUUUCUGUGAGAUUAUUACUUUACUUUGAAUUACCUGAUUCGGGUUUGGACACUGCUUUUCUAUCGUAUCGUUUUUACGUCAUAUCAAUUUUGUGGGCGAUUCAGAGAUGUCACAAGAUGCACAAAAUAUGGCCAAUUACAACCCAUGGCACGAUGCCGCCACCACUUCUAUGCCAAUGGAAACAGAAGAUGCGAAAGUAAUUUUUAAUUCGAGUCGCCGUUUCCUAGGGCCCUUUCGAGCACUUAUGAACCAAGAAGACCCGUUUGCAGGAGUGAACGUAGACGCAGACGAGGUGGAUGCGAGACAGGUCGGGGGUCUGGUGAACGUGUCUUCGAAAUAUACAAGCGCAAAUAGAGAGCCUCUGUUGCACGAGAGAAUCCAGCGACUUCUCAGCACCUCCUCCCCCAACGAGCCAGACAUCUUCUACAAACUGUCCAAAGGUGGACUGAAAGGACGAGCUAUUAUUGUGAACAUUACAAGUUUCACAGGCGAUGAACAGAGUCGCGAGGGUUCGAACAGAGACGCCGUGAACAUGAUGACGUCAUUGGAGAGUCUGGGGUUCAAAGUGGAGGUGUUUGAGAACCUGAAGAGCAGAGAGUUCUACCAACUUCUCUACAAUCUCACUCUUGACCCGAAGAAAGUGAAUGCCAAUGUAGAUGUGUUUGCUAUGGUCAUUCUUUCCCACGGAACUCAAAACCGAGAGGAACAUGACGUCAUAAUGAGCAGUGACUCGGAGGAGAUCCUGUUCAAGUACAUCACUUCCCAGUUUGCAGCCAACAUCGCCAAGACACUGGCGGGCAAGCCGAAACUGUUCUUCGUCCAAGCCUGCAGGGGGGAUAAAACUGACCCAGGGAGGGAAGUGGCUGCCGACUCUGCAGAUGGAACGGCAGAUGGGAGGAGCAAGAUUGCCAUGCGGGUUCAGAGUGACGGUGUUGACGAGCCAGAUGCAUUGUUCUUCCGGACAAUCACGAUUCCCGCCGAAGCAGACAUAUUUGUAGCCUACUCCACCCCUCCAGGUUACUACUCGUGGCGUAGCCCUGAAAGUGGAUCUUACUUCAUGCAACUUCUCGCCUACAGAUUGUACCAAAAUGGAAACUUGCAGAAUCUCGAUCUUAGCACAAUCAUCACCCUCGUUAGCCACGAUCUGGUCAAUUUCCGCUCCAAUGUUCCCCAGAGAGAGGGAAUGCACAAGAAAAAACAGGUACCCUGGAUAUCAUCGACACUCACAAAGAAACUCAAGUUCAAACCUUAAUGACUAAAUUCAAUUAAAAACCUAUUUGUAAAGUAAAAUCUUCGUUGCUGUAAAUAGCGGCUUUGUUCGUAUUCGUACUAGAUUAAUAUCCGUGCUAGUAAUGACCUAAGUUAAUCUAGAUCUAUCGUUAAUAAUAAAAUGGGGGUAGGGAUGCAUAAAGGAUUAAUGGACUGUUAACAAGAGCGGAGGUUAUGUUAGAGUGCGAGUCAACUUUUUCAAUCCAAAGGCCACGUGUCUGUGAACAAUCUUUGUAUUGUUAAAUAGAGCAUAUCAUUUAUAUCGGAUAAUUGAACGUGUAUUUAUUGCACCGUUUUAUUUUUGGGUAGAGAAUGAUAACUGGCAAAUUGGCCCGGUUCUUAAUUACUCUGAUAUGUGAGGCCUGAAGAUUGAUUCUCGUAAUAUUGAUUCUCUUUUUUUUUGGGUGAGACUUCCAGAGCAUUUUCAAAUUAACCAUUAAAUAAUUUUUGAGUUAUUCGUCGUUUUUUUCCGUGAUGUACGCGAAAUGCAGCUUACGUGUUAAACAAGCAAUCAGGUUGAGAGAUAUCAUGAAUUAGAUAAUAAAAUCAGAUCGACUAAGCUGGUUGUUAACAGGGCAAAAGUUUUAUUUGAAAUUAAUUUCUUCUACUUGUGAUUCUAUUUCUAUUUUGUAAACGCUUCAUCAAAUUUGCUAGAUGAAAAUUUGUAAAUUAACAAUCAAGUGCUGAGAAUUGAA